GUACGGAAGCCCCUCGUGCAGGUUGCCGUGGUCCGCCCCGAGCUAAAGCAGCCGCCCCGCGCUACUGGGAGGACGGCGGUAGCUAGUUAGCGUAAACAACCGGUCUUUGCAUAGAAAAGGUAGCGUUUGACAUUUUUUCCGGAUGGCUACAUUUCCCCGAGUGACUUGCUAACUUGCUGCGGAAAACACAUCUGGGAGAAACCUUAAAGCUGUCUCUCCGAGGGUCUCGUACUCCUAAACCUCGCCAAGAUGUCAGCGUUCUCUGAGGCGGCUUUAGAAAAGAAACUAUCCGAGCUUAGCAACUCUCAGCAAAGUGUGCAGACGUUGUCGCUGUGGCUCAUUCAUCAUAGAAAACACUCGAAGACCAUCGUUAAUGUUUGGUUCAACGAACUGAAAAAAGCUCAGGUAUCACGCAAGCUGACCUUCCUUUAUUUGGCCAAUGACGUCAUUCAGAACAGCAAGAAGAAAGGACCAGAGUUCACCCAGGACUUUGCGCCGGUCAUCGUUGAUGCAUUCAAACAUGUAUACAGAGAUGGGGAGGAGGGCUGUAAGAAACAGUUGGGUCGGGUUUUGUCCAUCUGGCAGGAGAGAGCUGUGUACGAAAACAACCUGCUGGAUCAGCUCUCGCAGGUCCUAGAUGGAGAAAAGAAGAGUAAGAAGAGGACAUAUGAGGAGAUCCAACCAGAUGAUGAGGACUUUGCCACCCAGAGUUCGCCAGCUGAGCCUCCACAGACAGCAGAGUUAAUCCGAGCUCUUCAGGAGCUGGAAAAUGCAGCCUCUGGCGACUCAGUGCUGCGUCAGCGAAUCUCCUCCCUUCCUGCUGAGGUGCAGGACACGUCACUGCUUCACAGGAUCACAGAUAAGGAGUCAGGGGAGCGGCUCUCCCGGCUGGUGGAAGAGGCCUGCAUGCUGCUAGCAGACUACAGUGGCCGCUUGGCGGCAGAGAUUGACGAUAGGAGGCAGCUCACACGCACACUAACGGUCUUCCUGCAAAGUCAGAAGGACGGCCUGACCCAGAACGAGCAGAAACUUGAAGAAUACAAACGCAAACUGGCGAGGGUGACCCAGGUGCGGAAGGAGCUGCGUUCACGCCUGAACAAUCUACCCGGAGGACUCUACAAGUCUUCAAACUGACUCAACCUGCUCGGACACCUUACCCUCCUGCCUCCUGAAACAUCUCAACCCAUCUCUUAGAUAUUUGAUCAGUGACAUUUACCAUAUCUGAUUUUGGAAAGUGUCUGUGUGCCCCUGUGUGGUGACCUGUGGUUCUCAUUCUGUUCUCUACAGAUUAUUUAUCCACACGGCGUGUAUUAACAGAAAUGUCUUCUUUUCCUUGUCUGUGUGCUCAUCCCAAUGUGCUGAAUGUUGUCAGUACAUUGUAAAUUAAGGUUUACAAUAACCAUACACAGGCCUUCUCAUGCUCUGGCCCCUGCACAUCAGCUUUAAAGUGAUAUGGGUGAUACUGGUGUGAUAUUUUUGUAUUUAUAGCUACUUAAGAUUAUGCACCAGAGUGUAUGCCCUUAGCGUGAUCAUUCAUAAUAAUUUUCUGUAUUUUAGAUUGCCGUCAUGACUUUAUUUUACCAUUCCUGUAAAUGUUAUAGAUCAUUGCAGCAUUUGUUGUUUUUUUAUGCAGUAUGAUAUGGCCUUCUCAUGAGAACUUCAUUAGGAAACCACUCUAAAACUGAGUAGUAAGCCAUGUCCCUGAAAGCGAAUCAAAAUAUGUAAUUAUUGUUUACGUAAAGCCUCUUUGUGAGAGGUUAUUUGUGUGCGUGUGUGUACAUAGUCAAAUUUGCAUGUAAAUAUAAUGGGCGUUCUACCUGUAAGUGCUUAUGAUUUAUACCCAUGUCAACAUGGCUUGCAAGAUUUUCAUUCGGACAAAUGACUGAGGCACUUCUUGUCAGUGAUGCUGAACCCACUGUACUGAAAUAUUGAGCAAAAGGAGUGCGCUGUCUUGUUUACUGUAUCAUACUGCUUCAUAGAUUGAUCCUUAAGUCCACACCAUGCUGUGCAGAUGCCUCACACUGCUUUGACAGGCGCCCCAGUUUCCAAAGCCAGACUUAAGCUGUUUGUUUUUUGUACAUACUAAGCAAACUCUUCUUAGAACCAAAUAAACAGAAAACUUGCAAACCACUGCA